CUGAGCUCCAGUUCCCGGAGCUGCGGUGGAGGCGGCGGUGGCGGCUGCGGCGCGCUCGGGAGCCCCGCACGCGGCCGGCUCGCUCCGAGACCGCAGCGCCCUGUCUUCGGGAGCUGUCGCCGGGGCCCGGCGGGGAGCGAGGAGCGGUCCUAGUGGCAGCGGCGGCAUCGGCGGCGGCGGAGUUCCGGGGUCCGGGCGGCGGACAGAGGCCAUGCCGUGCCGGAGGGAGGAGGAGGACGAGGACGACGAGGCGGCGGCGGCUGGAGAGGAGGAGGAGGACGCCGAGGGGGAGGGGGAGGAAGAAGAGAGCUUCCUCCUGCUGCAGCAGUCGGUGACUGUCGGGGGCUCGGGGGACGUUGACCGGCUGGUGGCCCAGAUCGGGGAGGCGCUGCAGCUGGACGCGGCGCACGGGAGCCGGCCCGCCCCCGGGGGCCCCUGGCGCUCAAGCCGCCCCCCGCCGCCCCCGCUGCGGCCCCCGGUCCUGCAGCUGCUGCUGCCUCCGGGGUCGGCUCCGGCGCCCCUGCAGCCGGCCGGACCGCUGCAGUGCGCGGGGAGCGGGGCCCGCGCUGCCCUGCCCUGGACGAGCGACGUGGGCGCCGCCUCGCACCCUCCACUUCGGGUGCCAUCGGGUCCGUGCGCCCCGGGGGGAGCCCCGGCCCGGAGCGGGGCGUCUGGCCCGCAAGUCUGCAAGCGGGGCUUCCCGCAGCCGCUGCCGGGCCCGUGCCGGCGCGCCUGGCUUCGGGGCGCCACCGCCUCCCGCCGUCUGCAUCAUCAUCAGCACCACCAGUACCGGUACCGAGGACAGCCGGGACUCCGGGCCGGAGACGAUGACCCCCACCAGCUUCUGCAGCAGCUUGUCCUUUCGGGGAACCUCAUCAAAGAGGCCGUUCGACGACUUCGAAGAGCUGUGGCCGUGGUUGCUGGUGCCGUGGCCCCCACUGCCCCCGGCGCCGGCCCCUCCUUCGUCUUUGCACCCGGGGGUGGGAGCGACUGGGGCGGGAGGGACUCUAUCUCUCUGCAGCCCUCGACGACUAGCCUGCUUUAGCCCGGAGGAAACCUGGGGCAAAGACCCGCUGUCGGCAUCCUGGGCUCCAGCAGCUAGUGAGCCCAGAAGGCCAAGGGGCAAGAAGGAAGAGGGGCGGCUCAGACCCUGGGAACGACUGCCCCAGAGAUUGACAAGAGCGAACUAGGGGUCCCGGGAAAUGGGGCAGGAGGCAGAGAAAAGGGGCCUCCUGUUUAAUUGGAGGCAAACAAGGAACCCACCGCGUUAGAGACUGGGGAGGGGUAUUAGAAAGCAAAGUUGAUAGGGUGGGUCUGGAUGGUUUACUUUGGAUUUUACGGUCGGCCUCAGGGGCCCGAGGGCAAAUACCCCAGUCUGUUCGGGAUAAACUAACAUGGCAGCUACUACUUUCAUUGACUGGGCCUAAUUUUUCCCUCAGAGGUCCAGUGGUCGGAUUAAAAGUAUGAGGAUCAGAUGGGUUCAAAAGAGGAUUUUUAUACAUAACACUUGAAAACUGUUAAUUAUGUGCGUACAUUUCUUUUUUAUUUUAGGGGAAUGCUUAAGGAAAAUGGUGCUAAAAUUGCAUUGGGAAGAAAUAUUGGGUGGAGAAUAAAUUAAGGGCUGAAUGGAGUUGAGCCGGGACCGAUCCCAUUCUCUGCUGUGAAUGGACAGUUGGCUUUUCCCGGGGAGGGAGUGAGAGAGGAGAGGAAAAGGGUGGAAUUGACUAGGUGGGGUGGGAAAUAAAUAGUUGGGCUUCAAUGCUCUUUGCAGACAGAAGAGAGGCUUUUUGAGAAUCUGUCCUUCCAGUCUGUUUCCUUCAAGGUCACUGUUUCCCACAAGCUAUGUUGUGACUCUCCUGGCAGGAGAGUAACUGUAUCCUGGCUCGUUCUGCUUGUACUCCAAGUGGAGCCCUGUGUUUUGCAACUGCUGGGUGUCUCCUGAGGACAUGCACGUUGUGCCUACUAGUGGGUAGGGGAUGGUAGAUGCGUGCUCUGGGCGCAUACUCCUUUUAAGAGCUCCUCCUGCUGUUGGCUUCAGCUCUUGGCCAGGGAUCAAGAUUUCCUAGAAACUGUUAGGAAAAAAAGCGCUCACUUCUGUUUCCUUUUCUUCCACUCUGACCCUCCUAGCGUGUCUCCCUUUUCUGUCUAGUUUCGAGCCCUCCUUGGGGGGGGGGGUUCCUCUUUUUGGGAUGUUGGUAUGUCAUAGAAAAUGAGGGCGGGAGGAUUGAGAGGAAGGACACGCAGACACCCACAUUUCUAAUGGCCCCUCUGGAGCCUCUCGCAAAUAAUAGCAGCGAUUCCCUUGAUAGAGGUGGCUUAUUUUCUUUCCUCUCUCCAUAGCUGCUUUUUUGUGAGUGAAUGAAACCAGCCUAAAAAAUGUGACCCUCUGCAUGGAGGAGCCGCGGGGUUCGCCAUUGUGAAACAUAAUGGGGUGUUGGAAACACCCCCGUCCCUGUGUAGCCCAAGAACAGUUUUAAGAGAUUGAAUGGCUUGACUCAUUCAGAUUUGGUUGUGGAAAUACUGGUGGUCCUGAUUUAUCGGAUUUAUCUUUAUUGAAAUGUCUUAUUUCUGGGUGGGAAAGUAAACAUCUGAUACCCUUAACAAUGAAAAGAUUCGAAAAGCAUCCCAGAGUGCCUGUUGUAAAAGCUCGUGGAAGGAACAACCUUUGUUUGGGGUGAAAAUGGGAAAUAACUGAGUAUUACAAGAUGGA